AACGGAGUGAUAGAAGAAAACGACUUGAAGGACAUGGGCAUCGCUAGCGAGUUGGAACGUCAAAUAAUCUUAGAUGCAAUAAAGCAACUGCCACUGAAAAUUAACGAUCAACUACCUAAUGUUUGCAACAACAAUAAUGAACAAAACACGGUUAAAUUGUGGUUAAAAAAGAUCAAUCUCGAUCAAUACUAUGAUACUUUCGCUAAACAUUUGUAUCAUGAUAUGGAACGGGUGAAAAGGAUUUGGGACGUUGAACUGUCUGCUGUAUUAGAUAUAGAAAAAAUAGGGCAUCGGAAAAGGAUAUUAGCGAGCGUUAGUAGCGGCGAGCAUAUUGUAGCCGGACCAAAACUGGAAGAAAUCAGUAUAGAAGCUAACUUACUGAAAAGUAACCAACCGACAGGAGAGAUGCCAUCUCCCUCUACUCAUUCAAUUAACAGUAACACAGGAACGAUUAGGCACAGACAUAAAAAAUCCAGACCUGCGCCUCCCCCACCUAUAAAGAAAAACGUGGAACCAGAAAAGAAAUCGCCAGCAGAAAUAUUUGUGGGAGGCAGCAACUCUAUAAAGUCUCAAUGGAGGCACCAGCCUAUACUCCUAAUAACCAGCUGCGUCAAAUACUCAGCGAAUUAUCUGGGUUCGACAAUGAUAAAGGAGUUUAAAGGUACGGACUCCACCAAAAAGUCCAUUCAGAAAGUCAUGAAGUCUAAAGACCGUCCUGGAGAAGAGAUUUGUUUGUCGAUAUCUUACAGGGGUGUGAAGUUUAUUAAUCCUAUUGUUCAGAAAAUAAUCUGCGAACACGAAAUCAAGAACAUGAACUGCGUUUGCCAGGACAAUGAGAACCAGUGUUUCUUCGCGUAUAUCACGAAGGAUGGUGAUUCGUUCUAUUGCCAUGUCUUUCAGGCGGUUUCUCCGACAGUAUUUAUAGACCAGGCUAUAAAGAACGAUUAA